AAUUUGCAGCCUAAUUACUACUUAUCAUGCAGCAUGUGCUGGAGCAUGGAAAACCACUAGAACGUUCAGCUAUCAUUAAGAAAUUGACUGGGCAGAUAGUUCAAAUGAGCCAGCAAAAAUUUGCCUCCAAUGUCGUUGAAAAGUGUUUGACUUUUGGAACUCCUCUGGAACGCCAGACCCUGGUGAAUGAAAUGCUUGGUUCUACUGAUGAAAAUGAGCCUCUUCAGGUAAUGAUGAAAGAUCAGUUUGCAAACUACGUUGUUCAGAAAGUGCUGGAGACUUGUGAUGACCAGCAACUUGAACUAAUUCUUAACAGAAUAAAGGUUCACUUGAAUGCUCUAAAGAAGUAUACUUAUGGGAAGCACAUAAUUGCACGUGUAGAGAAACUUGUUGCAGCUGGGGAAAGGAGGAUUAGCAUUCUGACUCCACAUCCUGCAGCUUAGACAUCAUGGAAAAGGAGGGUGUUGUACAGCUAACUGAGGAUAGUAUGAGUACCUCUUUCUUUCUUCUUUCUUUUCAUGUCUACUAAUAGCUCUGUCUAUUUAUUUGGAUAGAUAAGAGCUGACUGCAAAUAAAUAUUGAGGUUGUACUUAAAAAACUGUACAUUGUUAGUUGUCGAGGAUACACUUAGAAUCAGGACAAGCUGAGGCCCAGCUGCUGAAUGUGCUGAUGCCCACGCGGAGGAGAUAAAAUUACUGUAUAAGUUUAAGGAUGUAAAGAGGGAGGAGGUAGUGAAUCCGUAAUCGUGACUGUACAAAUGUUACCAGGCAGAGAGAGCCUUAGUAUUUUAGGAACCUGGAAUUUUCCUAAUGUAUGGAUUUAUUAAGUUUAUUUGCUUUAAGAAUCUUUUUUCCUUA